GGUGUCAGAGAAGCAGCUUCUUGCGAGAGCUUGUGGUUGUGUGACAUCCUGUGCUCGAGGCUGUGCGCUGGGAGGAAGUGGGUGCAGGACGGUAAAAGGGGAUUCUCAGGAGCAGUCUCACAUACCCGAAACAAUGAGCAAGACCAACGUCCCCUCCGGAAUGCUCUCGGAGCACGAGAACCAGGUCCUGUUCGAGCUCCUUGGCCGCAAGACAGUGACAAUGGCCACCACAGUAGUGCAGGUGUACCUGGCACUGCCCAACAACAGUAACCACUGGACCAAGUGCCACUCUGGUGUGGCCUGUUUCGUUAAAGACAAUCCAAAACGAUCAUACUACAUCAGGGUUUACAGCUUGAAGGAAGGGAAGUUAAUCUGGGAACAGGAAUUGUACAACCAGAUCCGAUAUUCAUCGAAGCAGCCUUAUUUCCACACGUUUGCGGCUGAUGAUUGUCAGGCAGGGCUAAGCUUCGCAGACGAGUAUGAAGCUGGACUCUUUCAGAGAAUCGUGGAAGAAAAGAUUAGAUCCAGGCAGACGAGACAGGGAGAUGGCCGCACAAGACAUGAAAAACAUGAUCUUGGGAAACCUGCUCCACCACAAGCUCCUGAAGGUAGGAGGGUCUCGGUGCCACUCCCUCAGGUGCCUCUGGUGGAACCAGGCGGUUCCGGAUUCCAGUCGCCCAGCUCCUCGCUCCCCAUGAGCGCCAUGACCAUCACCAAUCCUGACAUCACCGCCUUCCGCUACCGGGGUUUACCAGCACCCAGUCCGGUGGAGAAGAAGAAAGGGAAGGACAAGGGCAAGGGGAAGAAGAAGAUGACGAAGGCCGACAUUGGAGCCCCCAGCAACUUCCAGCACGUGGGUCACGUUGGAUGGGAUCCCAACAAGGGCUUUGACGUCAAUGAGAUGGACCCUGACCUGAAGAACCUGUUCACCAAGGCAGGGAUCAGCGACGAUCAGUUGACUGAUGUGGAAACCUCGAAGGUUCUCUAUGACUUUAUCGAGAAGCAGGGCGGGCUUGAUGUUGUCAAGAAGGAAAUGCAGAGGCAAGAGACUGCACCCCCACCUCCAGUGCGAUCAGGGCCCCUCCCUCCCGUCCCUUCACAACCAGGCAGCAGGGGCAGGCAAGGGCCCCUCCCGCCAGUGCCACCUGGGCAGCCCACCCCACCACACCACCACGCCCGAGGUCCUGUCCCCCCACCCCCGGUGAGGGCCGCGCCCCAUCGGGGCACCCCACCACCCCCACCCCCGCCCAUCUCGAGGUCGUCAGGGGCUCCGCCUCCUCCUCCGCCUCCCGCUGCUCCUCAGUUGGCCGGGGGAGGGGCUCCCCCUCCGCCGCCCCCACCUCCCCCUCCACCACCCCCUGCCCCCACCACCAGCAUUGCGCCACCUUUCGGGGGAGGGCAGAAGAGGAGCGAGCCGGUUAACCCCCCACCGACUAUGGGCCGUGACGCCCUCCUGGACCAAAUCCGCAGUGGGAUCCAACUGAAGCAGAGGUCGGACACUCCCGAGGUUGCACAGCCAGCUGAGGAGGAAAGUGAGGGUCUGGUAGGGGCACUGAUGAUGGUGAUGAAGCAGAGAAGCAAAGUUAUUCAUUCCUCAGAUGAUGAUGAAGAUGAUGGAGGUGAUGAUGAGUUCGACGAUGAGUGGGAUGAUUGAUGCACCCAUCUAAAUUGUUUUAAUCUUCAGUCCUCAUGCACCCGACCAAGGAUCUCCCUCUUUUUAAAGCUCAAACUAAUCUUUGCUAUUCUUUUAUUAACAUGUGCAAUCUGUACUGAUCAGGGACAUUCAUGUGCAAAUGCAGCACUUCUUCACUCAUGGGAGUAGGUGAACCAACACCCAUCAAACACUCCCAGGACAGGUACAGCACGGGGUUAGAUACAGAGUAAAGCUCCCUCUACACUGUCAACAUCAAACACUCCCAGGACAGGUACAGCACGGGGUUAGAUACAGAGUGA